AAUCAGCAAAGAAGUCGAAACAAACUGCCAGUGAACAAAGAUGAAGAGGAUGGUGAGGAGAGCCAUAACAAUCGUUUGCCUUUCCGAACUGCCAAAGAACAACUGAUCAUUAACCAACAGAAGAAGUUUGCUGGUGCAGGUAGUGGAGGGGUGUAUGACAGAUCACAGGUCCAGGGAGCCAGCUAUGGAGGAGGCAAGAAGUCACUGGGGACCAGUGCGGCAGUCUGUAGUAUGCUGAAGCGAGACACAGUAACCUCUCAAAAUGAUUAUCCCGAUGUCCGUGUUGCAAACCCAAGCCACAAACAGAAAGGUGCUACAAGUGACCCUGAAGAGCCACUUGAUGAGAGACUAAAGGGUAUUGAGCCAAAAAUGAUUGAGCUUAUUAAUAAUGAAAUAAUGGAUCAUGGAACUCCAGUUUUGUGGACAGAUAUUGCUGGUUUAGAGUUUGCCAAGAAAACUAUCAAAGAAAUUGUCAUUUGGCCCAUGCUCAGACCGGACAUCUUUACAGGCCUCCGAGGACCCCCAAAGGGACUGUUGUUGUUUGGGCCUCCGGGCACUGGGAAAACCCUUAUAGGCAAAUGUAUUGCCAGUCAGUCAAAGUCAACGUUUUUCUGUAUAUCUGCUUCCAGUCUUACUUCCAAAUGGGUAGGUGAAGGAGAAAAGAUGGUACGAGCAUUAUUUGCUGUCGCUCGAUGCCAUCAGCCAGCUGUUAUCUUCAUUGAUGAAAUUGAUUCCUUGCUCUCUCAGAGAUCGGAUGCUGAACACGAGUCUUCACGGAGAAUAAAAACAGAGUUUCUAGUUCAGCUGGAUGGGGCGGCAACAAAUUCUGAUGAUCGAAUCCUGGUCAUUGGAGCCACAAACAGACCUCAGGAAAUUGACGAAGCAGCCAGGAGAAGAUUCGUCAAGCGGCUGCUCAUCCCUCUCCCCGAAGCAAUAGCCAGAAGUCAGAUCAUCAGAAACCUCAUGUCCCAGCAGACUGCCAGACUCACUGAAGAGGAUAUUCAGUCCGUUGUUGAUAAGACUGAUG